AUGGCGGGCAUCCCGGUCUACAGCAUCAAGACAGCCUCCGCCAGCAAUCUGGUCAGGGCCGUGCGCACCCUGCUGGGCAUCGAUCCCUCCCCAGGGGCCAUGUUUGCCGGGGACGCAGAGUUGCCCGCGGCAGCCGACCCGCGCUCCCGCACCUCCACCAGCCGCACCCUGCGUGCCGAGGCGAGCAUCGCGCUGGCAGCGGCCGCCGAGGCUGGCAGCAUCACCAGCAUCACCAGCAGCAGCAGCAGUGGCGGCGCGAAUGCGCAGGAUGCGCUAGAGGAGGCACGGCUGGCAGCGGAGCAGAUUGUGAUCCCGCGGUGCCAGCCUGUGGAGCUGCUGCCUCGCGACCUACGCAUCAUCGACCUGCAAGUGCAGUUAAUGGAGGGCCUGGGAUUACCAUACGAGGUGGUGGGAUCGGCGGCCAGCCUGCGCCUGCGGGUGCUCCCACCGGCGUGGGCCGGCAGCGGCAGCACGAGCGGCGGCAGCGGCCCGCCCGCAGCGGCGCCCGGCAGCGGCGGUGCGGCGGCGGCGGCGGCCGCCGCGGCGGCGGCCACUGUGGAAGGCGCUGUGCAGAAGGAUUUCUGUGUUGAGGAGAAUCUUGGCCUGCUUUCCAACGACGAGGUGCUGGCGGUGCUGAAGGACAGGGAGGCAGACAAGCAGCCGGUGGUCAGCAGGGCCACUCCGUCCGAAAUCCAGACGUACACCGCGCUUCUGCAGCAGUGCGGCGGCGUGUUCAAGAGCCGCGAGCAGCUCCAGGCCUUCAUAGAUAGCCUCCAGCCCUUUGGCCUCACCAAGUGGGAGGUUGUGCAGCUGGUCAACCACCGCCCGCCCUCGGUGGUGGAAAUCUUCCUGUGCAUCGAGAACUGUGAGGAGCGGUACAGCGAGGAGCAGAUCGAGCAGCUGCUGCAGCUGGUGCAGGAGCACCUGGGCGCCCCGCAGCAGGCCAGCUGA